UCACACAGCGCCGGGCAGAAAGCUCGCGGAAAAAUUUGGAAGAGGCGGAAAAGUACGAGACGCGCGAUAUUGCAAAAGGCGGAAGCAGAUUACGUGUAGCCAGGAAACGAACUUGUUGACUUCGUAACAUUACAUAAUCGGGAGCCCAGAGUGGGGAGAACUGCUGCGAGAUGGCCAACAAAGUGCUGCGAAAGGUGACGCACUGCGUCUUCGACAUGGACGGCCUGCUGCUGGACACCGAACGCCUCUAUACGGUGGCCACCGAAAUGAUCCUCGAGCCCUACGGCAAGGCAUAUCCCUUUGAGAUCAAGGAGCAGGUCAUGGGCCUGCAGACGGAACCGCUGGCCCGGUUCAUUGUCGAGCACUACGAGCUGCCGAUAUCGUGGGAGGAGUACGCACGCCAGCAGCGCGCCAACACCGAGAUCCUGAUGCGGAACGCCCAAUUGAUGCCAGGUGCUGAGCGCCUGCUGCGUCACCUGCACGCCAACAAGGUACCCUUUUGCUUGGCCACCAGCUCCGGCGCCGACAUGGUCGAGCUGAAGACAGCCCAGCAUCGGGAGCUGUUCUCCCUGUUUAACCACAAGGUCUGCGGCUCGUCGGACAAGGAGGUGGUCAAUGGCAAGCCUGCGCCCGACAUUUUCCUAGUGGCCGCCGGCAGAUUCGGUGUGCCGCCCAAACCGUCCGACUGCCUGGUGUUCGAGGACUCGCCGAACGGCGUGACGGCUGCCAACAGCGCCGGAAUGCAGGUGGUGAUGGUGCCGGACCCACGACUGUCUCAGGAAAAGACCUCGCACGCCACCCAGGUGCUGGGUUCCCUGACGGACUUCAAGCCGGAGCAGUUCGGACUGCCCGCCUUCACGGAUUGAACUUAAUGGCUGACGUACUUUUUGUAGCUAAGAGAUGCUAUUGCUGUAAUUGGAAAUCGAUGUACCUACCAAGAAAAUGAAUUUAACUGUAAAUGUUAUCCGAUAUACACGUAUACGUAUGUGUGCACAUAGCA